AUGGACAACAUAGAUGCGCAGACGCUGAGCGCAGCGCAGAGCAUGCUCACCUCUGCGGGCGUGCUCAGAGCAGGCGAAGACCUGAGCGCAGCAGGGCACGGCGAGCGAGUGCGAACGCAUAGCUCGACAGAUGCCAAUGGAGCGCCAGUGCUCGGCGAGCAUGCCGAGGCAGAGCACAUCUUCUUCAACCCUGCUCAUGGGAGUGAAGAGAUGGACGAUCCUUCGAUAGCAAUGGCAGGUGUCGUCGGCCUAGGCCCAAACUAUCGUCCGCUCAACGUCAAGGAUGCGCUGAGCUAUCUCGAUGAAGUCAAGCUACGCUUCAGAAUCGACACACCAGGCGUGAUUGACCGUGUUUCGUCGCUCUUUCGGGGCCAUCCUGCACUGAUACAAGGCUUCAACACCUUUCUACCACCUGGCUAUAGAAUAGAAUGCUCUGCGGCCGAUCCCUCUGCAGGUCAGGGCGCCAACCUCAUCACGGUCACCACACCGACGGGCACAACCACCCGCACACAAAUCGGUGGAGGUCCUAUCUUUGGCGAGACUUCCGGGGGAAGCUCGCCCCUCGAAGCUGGCAAGAAGCAAGAAGAUGCAGCAAUACCGCCAAGUGGACUCAUGUCUUACGCACAGCGGCCUGUGCUCCUCCCGCCGCUGCCCCAGAAUCAGCUCACAGCUGGAUUGCAUCUUAAUCAGCUACCGAUGCCAGGCCCGAUGGACGCAAUGGGCAUCAUGGAUCCCGCCAUUGCUACUCCUGGAGCUGCCAGCGUGUUGGGCAUACAUGAUCCCAAGCGCCCUCCUGUCGAAUUCAAUCACGCUAUCAAUUAUGUCAACAAGAUUAAGAAUCGCUUCACUGGCGAUCCGGAAACAUACAAGACCUUUCUCGAGAUCUUACAGACCUAUCAAAAGGAGCAGCGCCCGAUACAGGAUGUAUACGCUUCUGUGACCAUUCUAUUCAAGCAUGCGCCAGACUUACUAGAUGAAUUUAAACAAUUCCUACCCGAUACCAGUCAGCCCGGCACAACGUCGUCUGGCUUAUUCGGCAUGCUCAACGCCCCUGGCGGCAUGCUCAAUGCGCCUGGCAUGCUUGACGGACCAGCCAGCGAUCCUUACGGCAACACAGGCUACGGUCAAGGGUUUGGAAACAGCGCCUAUCCCGGCGAUACGUACAACAGUGCCAGCUUCUCGCCUUCGAAACGAUCCUCGAAAAAUGCGACCGGAUCUGCAUCUCGAUCUGAUCCGUCUCGUUCAAAGAAGCGGAGGCACCCUGCAUAUGAUAUGGAUGGCAUGCCGGUAUCGCACGAGCCUCGGUCAAAGAGCGGAAAAAGUCGACGGCCGAAGCAACGUUUGCAAAGUCCCCGAAGCACGUCGCCCAUCCAGCAGCAGCUCGAUGUAGAUUAUGCGGCGCAGCCGUUUGACCCUUACGGUACCUACUUGCAGCCCGUACAGCCUCCGCCUCCACCUACAAUCCCUCCAGCACCACCGUUGCUAUUCCCAAAUGGUUUCCCAGGUCAAGCCCUUGUCAGCGCCGAAGAGCUAAGCUUUUUCGACAAAGUCAAAAAGUUCAUCGACGAUCGACAGACUUAUCACGAGUUCUUAAAGACACUCAACCUCUACUCGCAAGAGAUUGUCGACGAAGAGACCCUCGUGUCGAAAGUCUUCGAAUUCAUCGGCAGAGACGAAGAUCUGUUCGACUCGUUCAAGGAGCUUGUCGGAUGGGAUCCUGUCAAAAGUGGCUAUGUCAACGGAGAGGAAUGGUUCAUAGACAAUUGCGCUGCUCUCGAGAGACCGAAGUUAGAUCUGCAGUCGCUCGAGUCAUUCGGCCCGAGCUAUCGCAAGUUGCCACGCGACGAGAUCGAGCUUGCUUGCUCCGGUCGAGAUGCGCACUGCUGGAGUGUCCUCAACGAUCACUAUGUCGUCUUUGCGACGUGGGCAUCAGAGGGCACAGGCGGUCACAAGAGCAAUAUGUAUGAGACAGCUCUAGCGAACUCAGAGCAGGAAAGACAUUGGUAUUCCGUCCAGAUCGAAUCGCUCCAGCGCGUGAUCGCGUUAUUGGAGCCCAUCAACGACCGCAUCACGACAAUGAACGCGGACGAGCGAUCCCGGCUCAGAUUGCCACCCGGCCUGGGUAGCACAGGACGUAGCAUCGUCGAGCGAAUCGUAAAGAAGAUCUACGGCGGCGAUAUGCCGCAGACUCGCAACGAGCACGGCACGGAGGUGCUACGCGCUCUGUCAGACAAUCCUGCCGUUGCAGUGCCCAUUGUACUUGCCCGACUGAAGCAGAAGGACGAAGAUUGGAAGAAGGCUCUGCGCGAGUGGAAUCGAGUAUGGCGCGAGGUCGAUGUCAAAAAUCAUUACAGAGCACUUGAUCAUCAGGGGGUCGGCUUCAAGACAAAUGACAAGCGAAAUAUCAAUCCUAAGGCGCUCAUCACCGAGAUAGAAGUCUUGCGACGUGAUAGGCAGCAGAAACGAGUGCUCAUACCGGCCGAGACUUCCAGUCUGCGACCAAACCAUCAGUUCGAGCUGGGCAUGUCUGAUCGCGCCGUGCUGUUUGAUGUGUUCAAAUUGGCUUUCUCGUACCUCGAUCGAGCUCAAAGCGGCUUUAGCGGGCCCGAGAAAGAACGAGUCGAGAGUACGAUGCGCAUACUUAUGCCAAUGCUCUUCGAUAUCGAUGAUGAAGAAAUGACGCUCAACGUAGCGCCUGCGCCUGCUACGGAAUCUAGACAAGAAGAUGACGGCGACGAGGAUCUCGAUUCGGAUGUUGGAGAGGGCACUAACGGUUCGGGCGCUGAGGAGGCAACUCGCCGUGCACUCGUUACCUCUCGCAGCAAAGCGAACGUUGGUCUGCGUCGUAAGCUGCUCGAGCAACAUGUCGCCAUGGAACGGAGGGCUGCAGGUAGUCGUGCGGUCACCCCGCAGCCUACCGAGUCUCGAGAAGGUUCUCCAGACGAUGUUGAUAAGCGCAAAGCGUUCUAUGGCGCAUCAGGCGACGCGACUUGGAUCACGGCAAGUCUAGCGCCGGUGCCGCUGUCCCCUACAGCUCAAGGCAAGCGGCCUGCUGUUAGUAGAGACAUCGUUGGCGAGGCCAAGAUGGACAGCGCGCUGGCGACCCAGGGAGCAGACACAGGCAAGCGCCCACUCUGCUGUUACGGCAAUUCUGUCUUCUACUGCCUGCUUCGGCUCGUCAACCUGCUCUAUUUCCGCCUGACAAGCUUGAAGCAGACCGCGGCUGCGCUGGCUGAUGCGCCGAAGCACGAGAGGCUGAAUCCAUUGGCUGUCGACCUCGGACUAGCUACGCCUGUGCCUCAGAUUGACGAAGGCGAGAAUCCUGCGGUCAACUUCUAUGGCCUGUUGCUCGAGUGCUGCGAGCGUCUCUUCGAUGGGGAGAUUGACCAAUCGACUUUUGAAGAAUCUUUGAGAUACAUGUGGGGCAUCAAGGCAUAUCUCCUCUUCACAGUCGACAAAGUUGUAAGCGGGAUCAUCAAGCAGGUACACGCCAUCAACUCGGAGCCCAAAUGUCAGGAGCUUGUGGCGCUCAUGCAGCGAGAUCGCCGGGCGACACAGACCACCCGGCGUCAGCAAAUCGCUUAUCGCAUGGAAGCCCAGAGCAUCAUCGGUACUGAAGAAGACGUGUACAAGUUUGAAUGGAUUUCUGAUCCGGGCGUUCUGACCGUUCAGCUACUCGAUCCGGUAGAGACGACGGUGGACAGCGCUGCUUCUGCCGAGGCGCAAUUCGAGCAUUACGUGGACUCGUUCGUGCUCGUUAACGCAACCGAAGGUGUACCAAGGGACGUCAAGUUGCCCUUCCUCAAGCGGAACCUAUCGCGCUCGCCGCUCAAGGAAGUCAAAAUAAAGCAAUCAGGCGGGCUUGAAGCGCGAGUUGACCCGCAGUCUUAUGCACUGGCUUUUGUCAGCGACACUGGCGAUUCAAUCGUACGAACGUCUCCCACACGCUACGCCCAACAUGAUGGCUCACCUGCCGAAUCCAAGAAGGCCGCUUUCGACAGCUGGCUGACCGAACGCGUACAAUGCGACACAUGUCGUCGCAAGGCUCCUGUCGAGCCCCUUCCUCCUACUGUUGCUUCCUCUUCUGCUCAACAACGUGCAAAGCUGAUCAAGAUGGGCAAGAUGAUCAAGUCUGUACUCGCCUCGAUCGCCUUGGCAAGCGUGGCGGUCGCCGUCAGCCUUCCCCAGCAGGUGAACGAGCGAGACCUCUUCGAGCGUGCGCCCGCCGACCAAGACAUCCCUUGGGAGCUGCCCGCUGCACCUAUCAUCCAUCGCGAUGCGAAUGGCAUGAUCACCGGAGGAGUGACGACAUGUUUUCUCAACCUGACCGACCCUGCGAUCACACGAGACACUGGCUUUGUUGGUGGCUUCAAGACGAUGUUCAACUUGAUCUGGGAUGGCAGCGCCUUUAUGGGCAUGUUUGGCAUCAAGCCUUUUGCCGUCGCUCAGAUUUUCCCUCUUGGCGGUGACUUUGACGCAACUUGGACCGACUUUAUGGUGACCAACUCGGCCUCCGGUUCCCAUCCUCAGUUUCCGUACCUCUUCAAUUUCAUCGCAGCUUCCGGUAAGGGCCCUCAGGCCGCUAUGGUGACCAACUACACCGUUGAGAUGCUCACCCUCGGCGGCACGGGCUACCAAACUUACCAGCCCUCCAAAGAUGGCAAGACAGCGCUAAAGAACUACUACUCGCUCGUCUGCAGCGGCCAGCCUGAUCCCACCCAGAUCCCAAGCUUCAACCGAGUUUACGUGUCGACGGAGAUUGCAAUUUUGCUCGAACCUCCUCCUGCUUCGCAACUGCGCCUCUUGGGCAUGGCAGGCUCCGAACCACACAUGGAUGACGCCGGAGAAGGAGCCUCCGGAUUGCCUACCAAAUUGUCAGGCAGUCAUGCGACUGCAUUCGCCCCUGUGCGAGACUACGAGCCCAUGAUCCGACCUCAGUGGAAGUACCAUGCUCGUCUACCCAUCGACACUGAAGCAGACGACGAUGACUGGGAGUGGCAGACAGAGGAAGUCAGCUUCGUCAUCAUGGACAAUGAGACUGCUCAAGGCAAGGACGCCGUUGGACGAUCCGAAGAGCUCCAGAUCUAUGAUUUUGAUCGAAAGGAACCGCUCGUCGUUGUCGGAGAGGACCGCUACCUUGCUAUACACGAAGAGCUUACAGGCGAUGAGAUUUUGUUGAGAGAGCUCCCAGUCGGACCGGGUAGAAAACCGGACCAGAGCGAAGAUGACGAUCACGAUCUGCCGAAGCAUCUCAGACGGACCGCAAAACGCAAGACGCGCCUGCCCACGACAUCACUUCCAGCUCGACCGACUCAUAAUGAGCCCAUGCUCAUUCCCGCUGCAGUCACGCUGGCUCGGUUCAGACUGGUCCCGACUGAAGCCUCUGCUCGACCUAUCGUCAAGAAGGUAUCCACAGAAGCGCCGCAAUCGACUCCUGCACCCGCCAGGACAAAGCCAGGGACAAAGCGCAAUCGGAGAGCACGCGAUAGCUCGCCCGGACUGGACUGA